CGGGGGUUGGUUGAGAGUCCGCGCGGUUGAGAAGGAACAACAGAGCUGACAGGCAGCAGCGCGACUCCAGUCACGUCAAGGGGAAGAUGGAGCAGCACAUAGGCGCCGGGGACUUCAACAUCUUACUAGCUACUGACUCCUACAAGGUCACGCAUUACAAACAGUACCCGCCCAAUACCAGCAAGGUGUACUCUUAUUUCGAGUGCCGGGAGAAGAAGACAGACCCUACCAAGCUCAGAAAAGUCAAAUACGACAAAACGGUCUUCUAUGGGCUUCAGUACAUUCUCCACAGAUAUUUAAAAGGACAGGUGGUCACACGAGAGAAGAUUCAGGAAGCAAAAGAGGUGUACCGGGAACACUUUCAGGAUGAUGUGUUCAAUGAGAAAGGAUGGAAUUACAUUUUGGAGAAAUACAACGGUCACCUGCCCAUCGAGAUCAAGGCUGUGCCGGAGGGUAGCGUGAUCCCGCGUGGGAAUGUGCUGUUCACCGUCGAAAGCACAGAUCCGGAGUGCUACUGGCUCACCAACUGGGUAGAGACCAUCCUGGUGCAGAUCUGGUAUCCCAUCACCGUCGCGACAAACUCACGAGAACAGAAGAAGAUUCUGGCCAAAUAUCUCAUGGAAACGUCAGGAAGCCUGGAAGGACUGGAAUAUAAACUGCAUGACUUUGGCUACAGAGGGGUUUCAUCUCAAGAGACGGCUGGUAUCGGAGCAUCUGCACACUUGGUAAACUUCAAAGGAACAGACACCGUGGCCGGGAUCGGCGUUAUUAAGAAGUACUACGGCACCAAAGACCCGGUUCCUGGUUUUUCAGUACCAGCUGCAGAACACAGCACAAUCACUGCCUGGGGAAAGGACCAUGAGAAGGAUGCUUUCGAACACAUCAUCAAGCAGUUCCCUUCUGUCCCCGUGUCAAUCGUCAGCGACAGCUACGACAUCUACAACGCCUGCGAGAAGAUCUGGGGAGAGGACUUGAGAAGUCUGAUCGAGAUGAGGAGCGCAGACGCCCCGCUGGUGGUCCGACCGGAUUCAGGAAACCCUCUAGACACAGUGCUAAAGGUCUUAGAAAUUUUAGGAAAGAAAUUUUUACCGGUUGAGAACUCUAAAGGCUAUAAGGUGCUUCCUCCCUACAUCAGAGUCAUUCAGGGUGACGGUGUGGACAUCAAUACUUUACAGGAGAUUGUGGAGGGCAUGAAAGAGCACAGAUGGAGCAUCGAGAACAUCGCGUUUGGCUCAGGAGGAGCUUUGCUGCAGAAACUGACCCGAGAUCUGCUCAACUGCUCUUUUAAGUGCAGUUACGUGGUGACGAACGGACUGGGCGUAAACGUCUUCAAAGACCCUGUUGCAGACCCCAAUAAAAGGUCAAAAAAGGGUCGGCUUUCCCUUCACCGGAAACCUAAUGGAGACUUUGUUACUCUGGAAGAAGGAAAGGGUGAUCUGGAGGAAUACGGAGAGGACUUGCUGCACACUGUGUUCAGGAACGGGAAGAUUGUAAAGACGUACACCUUCGAUGACGUCAGAGACAAUGCCAGGGUGAAGGAGAGUGAACUGGAGGAUCUGCUGCUCUGAGAGCGUCUCCCAUCAGCCCCCUCUCUCCACCCACACCCACCCGAGAGAGCCUGCGUCCCGACAGACGUGAGGACACACAGUUACCCCACGUUCAGUGUACAGAGCCGUUCUAUGUUUCUGUCGACCGACUCCGCUACGCUUCAGUGUCUCUUUCUAACGGCGGACGAGAGCAGUUAUCAUGCUAUUUAAAUCAUUUAACUGUGUAUUUGACCAAGCGUGCUAUUGAUCACACGUCUUUGCAGGAAUGGAGACGUUUUAUGUGUGCGUAUACCGCAAGAGAAGAUUUCGCUUUGCUUGACCGUAGGACUGAAAGGUAAUCGUUCAGUGUUUGUCGAAUGUGAAUGUUGUGUGUAGGGUUUAUCACUUUAUCCAAGGAUCGAUCGAUUCCUUUAUGCAAAGGAGACGGCUGAACUAGAGGGAUACUUUCAUUCUCUUUCAUUGGCCUUGUGUUUAUUUCGUCAUUUCGGGUUUUAUUUGAAAGAUAUGAAACCUUGAAAGAGCACGUUUAGGUUGCAUUUCACCCUAAAAUCAAAAGAAAAAAUUAGAAACUUAAUUUUGCAUAUAAAAUUGCAUUAUUAAGCUUAUUUUAACACCAAUUCUCAUUACUAUACUGUGUCCAGAUGUUGCUUUUAUUUUUACUGUAAUUCUUAACGUUGUCAAUGGUAAUUCUCAUUAAUCAUGUUAAAUGUUCUUACUGUAAAGGAUUUUCUUUUAAAUUAGCAUAAAUUAUAAAUUUAAGGCAAUACAGUAUAUUUAACAAAAAUAAUUUUUUACAAUUUAAUGACAUUGCAUUGUAUUAAUAAUGGGAAUUUUUGGCCUUUAUUUCAUGAAAAAUUGUGUAUAUUAAAAAAAAAAUCUAUAUAUAAUUUUUACAAUUUAAUGACAUUGCAUUAUAUUAAUAAUGGCAAUUUAUAGGCUUUAAUUCAUAAAAAAAAAUUGUCAGGUUUUUCUUUUAAAUUAGCAUAAAUUAUAAAUUAAAGGCUGUACAGUAUAAUUAACAAAAAAUAUUUUGUUUUACAGUUUAAUGACAUUGCAUUGUAUUAAUAAUGGGAAUUUUGGCCUUUAAUUCAUGAAAAAUUAUGUCAGUAUUUUCAUUUAAAUUAGCAUAAAUUUUAAAUUAAAGGCAUUGCCUGACAUGCUGUAUAAAUGCAGUAUAUUAAAAAAUUAUAUAUAUAAUAUAAAUAUAAAUAAUUUUAACAAUUUAAUGGCAUUGCAUUGUAAUAAUGGAAAUUUAUGGGCUUUUUAUUUCAUGAAAAAUUGUCAGGAUUUUAUUUUAAAUUAGCUUAAAUUAAAAGCAGUGCAAGACACAUGCUGUAUAAAUACAGUAUAUGUAAACUAAAUUUUUAGAUAGAUAAUUUUUUACAAUUUAAUGACAUUGCAUUAUAUAAAUGGUAAGAAUUUAUGGGAUUUAUUUUCUGUAUUUAUUUUCAAAAUAUAAUUUCUUAUUUCUUUCUUUUGAUUUUUGGGGUGAAAUACGCUCUGGACGUGUUUUUGACAGGAUUCAUCCGAAUAUAACAGACCCUUUCCUUUCUGCGUAGAACAUUAUCCUGAUUUUGCCAACAUGUUAAAUGCUUCAUCUUGAUAUACAAUGUAAACCUGACAUAUUUAAGUCAACAAAAAAGUCUUUUUUUAAUACUUCUCACUACAGCUCUUUCUUUGAAAUCACAAUUUAUUACACAGCGGGAAUCAUUUUACAAGAGCUUGGUUUUACUAUUUUCCUACUGUUUUAAACUCCAGAAUCAUUAUUUUUUAUGACAGACGUAAAUAUCGCCAGAGGAAUAUCCAUAGUCUGAAUAAUGUGGCCAAACUGCCUCCUCUCUUGUAUAUACCGGCGUGCGUGUUUGUUUUGAGAGAGCUGGCUUCCUAUUUGUGCAAAUAGAGAUCUGUUCUUAUUUUUGUCUAAUGCCCAUUUUGUACCAACAGAAAAUUCACGUAUCUGUUACGUUCUGUAGAAAGACUGAUGGCGCUCGGUCAGUCUCCGGCACGUGCGUUGAUAUGCAUAUGUGCGAGUGAGUGUGUGUGUACAUACUUGUUUGAUUGACUAUACUUGUUAAUUAUAAUUUCAUUGAUGUUUUUAUGUAUAUGUUGGGUCUCCCUUUUUCUUUCAAAUAUAUAUAUAUAUUUUAAAACUAACAUGACCGAUGCAGUUUCGACAGCGUACUGCGACAACAACAGUCCAUCCUUUUUGCUGAAAUGUUAUUCUUUCUUUUCCUUUUUUAUGGAAUAGUGAAAAAGAUGAAACCAUUCCCUUUUAUAGCUGCUGUAAAGACAGUAAACUGUUUCUCAAUGCACUAGCCUUCAAUCUAGUAAUGAAUCACUUCAUUUUGAUGACGAGUUUAAAACUGUGUUAAGGAACAUUAGUGUGAAAGUUUAAAUAAAAAGCAAUAUCAUACCA